UUGGUGUGGUCUGAGAGAUAAAGAGAGUGCUCAACUUCUGCACAGCAGGCCAGCAAGAUAAGCUGAAGGAGAGGUGGCAACAUCAUGUCCCACCCUGUAUAAAGAAAUCAAGCAAACAACAUUGCAAGCAGAUCUUUGUAAAGAAAACUGAAGGAAGGAGCCCUUGCCCACCAGAGCAAGCAGGUGCUGAAGACUUUCACGGUACAGGGAACUAGACAUGGGUCAAGAUCUGAGCAUCAAAAAAUGUGACCUCAAGAUCCCAAUGAACAACAAUAACCACCACACAGAAGAAAUCAGCACUGAAAGGCUCAUGGUGAGGCGGGGACAGCCAUUCACUAUCACUGUGAGCUUCUCAGCUCCAAUACACAACUACCUGCAGCUGCUGAAGAGGACCUUCCUCAUUGUACAGACAGGACCACAUCCUUCCCAAGCAUAUGGAACCCAGACGGAGUUUUCCAUCUCCAGCCUGGGAGACAAGAAGCAGUGGAACGCAGCACUGGAAGAACAGGACCCAUGCUCCUGGACCAUCUCUGUGAACACACCUGCCAAUGCUCCCAUUGGCCACUACACUCUGCUUUUACACACCUCCAAGUCUUACUGUCUCCUGGGCAACUUCACCCUUCUCUUUAAUCCCUGGUGCCAAGAUGAUGAAGUGUUCUUGGCUAAUGAGGCACAGCGGCAGGAGUACAUUUUAAACCAAGAGGGUGUCAUCUACUGGGGGACUGAAAAUGCAGUCCUAGCACAACCCUGGGACUUCAGUCAGUUUGAAGAGGAUAUUGUUGACAUCUGCUUCACACUGCUGGAUGUAGGUGAACGGCACCAAGGAGACAAGGAUCCUGCCCGGCGCCAGAGCCCCGUGUCCAUCUGCCGUGCAGUCGCUGCCCUGCUGAACUGUGAUGAGUUUAGAGGAAUCCUAACAGAAUGUGGGACCAGGCAGUACCAUAAUGGAACAGCCCCUUCCAAGUGGCUGGGAAGCAGCCCUAUCCUUCGGCAGUGGAUUGCAUCGCAGUGCAAGCCUGUGCGUUACGGGCAGUGCUGGGUGUUUGCUGCAGUCAUGUGCUCAGUUCUGAGGUGCCUGGGAAUUCCUACCAGGGUGGUCACAGGCUUUACAUGGGCUCACAACACUAACAGCUGCCUGACUGUGGAUGAGUAUUAUGAUGAAGAUGGGACACUGAUUACACAUGACAAGAAUGCCCGUGUCUGGACCUUCCACGUUUGGAACGAAUGCUGGAUGGCAAGAGCGGACUUGCUACCAAAGUACAGCGGGUGGCAGGCACUGGAUGCCACCUGCCAGGAAAAAAGCAAAGGUCCAUCCUUCUGUGGGCCAGCCCCUGUUCAAGCCAUCAAGGAAGGUGACACAGAAGUUGAUUAUGAUGUCUGCUCCUUCUUUGCUGCCAUCAAUGCCAAGUGCCGGGUCUGGAUACAAAAAGCAGAUGACACCCUCAAGCCAGCUUUUGGUCCCACAAAGUACACUGGCAACAACAUCAGCACCAAAAGUGUGGGCAGUGAACGUUGUGAGGAUAUCACACACAAUUACAAGUAUCCUGAAGGUUCUCUUCAGGAAAAAGAAGCACUUGACAAAGCCUACAGAAAGAUAAAGAAACUUGAGACAACCAGCAGCAGCAGUGAAACACAGUUCAGCUGCAUUCCUACUGCCCUUGAAGAGCCAGUUAACCUUUUCAUCCAUCUCCAGUCAAAGAAUUCUUUGCCACUGGGACAAGAUAUUCCGCUUUCCAUUGAAGUGUCUAACUACAGUGGUGAAGAAAAGGCCACUCACCUGGUAGUUGGGGCCCACUCUCUGCAUUAUAAUGGUGUGCCCGUUACCCAGGUUUGGAAGGAAGAGUUUCAUUUUAUCCUCAAAAGUAAUGAAGCUAACAACCUGCAGGUCUUUGUGCCUUACUCAUGGUACAGAAGAGAGCUGGGACAGAGCCAUCUGCUUAGGCUGACUGCCACACUGAGAGACGAGGACUCCUUCCACGUAUACUUUGCACAGGAAGAGAUCAGCAUUUGUGACCCCCCUCUCACUAUUGAGCUCAUUUCCUUCUUUCAACAGUUUCCAGAAAAUAUGGUACAAUAUCAGCCAAGCACAGCAAAGAUCAGCCUCCUGAACCCCCUCACAGAACCCUUGGAGAAGUGUGUGAUAGUGGUUGCAGGUCGCGGGCUCAUUUACGGACAAAGGAAGUACAAGCUGGGCUCGGUGCAACCUAAAAGCAUUCAACAGCUGAAAAUCCCAUUCACCCCCACCCAACCAGGGCCAAGAAGACUCACUGCACAUCUUACCUGCCUUCAACUCCAGAACCUGAAGAGCUACAAAACUAUUGACAUUGCAGCUUUCUGAUACCCAGCUUGGAACACCUUCUGCUGACCUGCUCACAAAACAGUGGCUGUGAUCCAUGCUCUGAUCUUAGGCAAGUAUAGAUGUUAACAGUUUAAUUAAAGUUACAUUAAAAUCA